AUGGCUGCAGUCGCUGCGAAGCCUCUGGGCGCCGCAACAAAGAUGAAGAAGCCUCCGGCACCACUGCUCCAGACAAACAUGAAUGGUGUCAAGCCCACGGCACCGUCCUCAUCGCCAUCUAGCGCCAGGAAAACGUUGCCGGGCCAGAAUCAGACUCCUACAUCCGCAACCAGCAACAGCACCGGUGUCAAUGGCACAGCGCGGCCGAAUCGACGGUUACAGCGGUUGAACACGAGAAACAAUACUACGGAGACUUCGACUCCUGACAAGCGAGCCUCAAAAAAAUUCCCCGAGCCAUAUGUACCCAAAGCGUCCCAUAUCUUGCGGAAGUUCAAAGGAAGUCCACCUUCACUGAUCGUACAUUUACACCCCACACACUUCCGAUUCGAUCAGCAAGAUGGAAGUUUCAGCUAUCAGUCGGAAAUGCGCGUCUUCAUUGAACAUCUGGCAAAAGGAACAAUCCCGCACGACAUGGUUGAAGAAUUUCGAAAGUCGGAGGUCAAAUACUACGACGGUUGGCUUAUUGUGCGAGUCGUGGACCACAAAUCUGUCGCGAAAGAAGCUGCCGCCUCAGGCACUGCCGCCGAUGACGAGAAACCGUUCUCCAUCCAUAACUACAACCAGUACAUCACUCCUUCACCUUAUGUACCGUACCCCGCCAAAGAACAGUCUGUCGCGAGGUCGCCUCCGACCAAGCAAGAGCACAGGGAGCCAAUAUCGGGAGACAUGAGAGAUCCGUUGCAUUCCGACGAUACCAUAGAUGUUGCACCAAAGCCGACGAAGCCACAACCCAAAAUCUAUCAUGUUGCACUACGACCGACCAUUCUGUCAAAGCAUAUGGAUCUUGUGAUCGAUGCCAUGGCACCCGAUCCGAAGUCACUGAACCGAAAACAGUCGCAAGCAAACGGAGCUGGAAGGCCGCCUGGAUCUACCGCCCCUCAGACCCCGCUUGCCGGCGUGCCUCCCACUCCUUCAGCCGAGAAAGGUCCACCCUUAAAGAAGCAGAAACUCAAGAUCGAUCCUAAGGACUUCUUGGAGUACGAAGCACGAGUCGUCAACGCCACUGCGCCUCCCUUGUACCUCGACCCAGUAGAUAGUAUGGCGGAGGCCGAGGCCUUGAUCGAUAUGCUCAGAGAUCCACAGCACGACGAGCCACCUCCGUCACCCAAGAGUCGAAAACGAACAGUUGCCGAACUGGCUGCCGAAGAUGCUCACGCGAAAGGACAAGAACGGUUUAUGCUUAUCAUGGACGAAAGAACGUCCGGCGGUAACGGCGCCACUAAUGCUGGUGCAGUGGAUGGUCAAGCCGCAUCCGCUUUGUUUCAACCACGCUUUGAGAAAUUCAACGCUCUUGAUAACAUUAAGAGAGACAUCGCAGAGCGGAAACAGCGUGAGAAAGAUCGGCAGCUCCAGGAGGACGAAAACCGACGAGGUCAGCAAGAGCGACUACAGGAGGAAGAAAAGAGACGCAUGGUGCAACGAGCACAAGAGGCCAGAGUUCUUCGUGCGCGCCAACAAGAGAUGCAGGCAGCUAUGGCGGCCCAACAGCAACAACAAGCUCAGGCAGCUCAAAGACCGCCUGCACAACAUGUUAAUGGCAUUCCGCCCAACAUGCAGAACCAGAUGAUGUCUGCUCAGCAACGAGGCUCACCGAUUAUUCGUCAAGGUACUCCGCAGCACGCAGCUUCAUCCCCCGUUGUCAGUGCCGUCGUCCAAGGCGGACAUCCUAUGGCAAUGACGAGCUCUCAGCAAGGACAUGGCUCCCCACCUCGACCUGGCUCUGCCCUGCAGCAUGCUCAUCCCAGUGCGCCUAUGGUUAGGAUCAACAGUGGCCAAGCGCCCAGUCGCAAUGGUACGCCUCAACUUGGUCAUGGCACGCCUGCGGCUAGUAACGCGACACCAAUCAUGCGACAAGGCACACCAGCACAGCACAUCACUCAAGCUAGCCCUCAUAGCAAUAUGACUGCCCCGACGCCUCAAAUGAUGCCCAGUGGAAUGAUGCAGGGUAUGCCAGGACAAAUGCCUAAUGGUGUCCAGAGACAACCCAACCCGCAACAACUAGCCGAGAUGCAGCGGCGUCAUGCUAUGCAACAACAGGCUGCCGCUCAGCAAGCCGCAAUGCAGCAACAGAUGAUGAAUGGCAUGAAUGGUACCCCACAGAUGGCGCAGGCACAAAUGGCACACAUGCAAGCUCAACAUCAUGCUCAAAUGGAUAGACAAGCUGCCUUACAACGGCAAGCCCAACAGCAAGCCGCAAUGCAACAACAACAAGGAACGCCAGGAAGUCAACACAUGUCGCCAAACCCUUCGUCGCAGAGCCAGAAAGCAUACAAUCAAUCUGUUGCAGAACAGAUGAAAGCCCAAAUGCAAAGUUUGCAGCAAUCACAAACUCAAGGAUCACCUGCCCCGAAUCAAAUGACACCACAGCAACAGGCUGCUCAACUGGCGCACGCCCAACAACAGCAGCGCAUGAUGGGAGCUCAAGCCCAAGCUCAAAACCAAAUGAUGGGUGGUGUCCCUCACCCCCAACAACGACCCCAAAUGAAUCCACAACUACAACAAGUCUACCAGAACACCUUGAACGCGUACACUCAGCGGUUCUUGUCCCAAGCAGCUGCUAAGUACGGCGGGAAUACGAACAUGCUCCAGCCAAAUGAGAUGCAGCAGGUCCAGACGCAAGCCAAAACCGCCGCCAUGAACGCCGUGCGCAAACGUCAGGCCGAAAUGAACCAAUUGCAAGUCCAACAAGCGCAGAUGCGGCAGUCCGCUCAGGCUCAGCAUGGCCAGCCGGGUAAUCCCAUGAUGAUGAACGGUGGUGGUGGCAUGAUGGGCAUGAGCAUGCCAAUGAACGGGAAUGGUAACGUCAACCCGAAUAUGGCGCAGGUGUUGCAGCAACAACAGGCACAGCAGAUGCAGCAGAUGCAGAUGCAGCAUGCUCAGCAGAUGAUGGCGCAGCAACAGCAGCAGCAGAAUAUGCAAUUUCAGCAGAGAUAG